AAACAUGGUGAAGAUUUGCUGCAUUGGUGCUGGCUAUGUUGGUGGCCCAACAAUGGCUGUCAUUGCUCUGAAAUGCCCUUCCAUUGAGGUGAUAGUUGUAGACAUAUCCGCUGCUCGAAUUGCUGCAUGGAACAGUGACCAACUCCCAAUCUACGAGCCAGGACUCGAUGAAGUUGUAAAGCAGUGCAGAGGAAAAAAUCUCUUCUUCAGCACCGACGUAGAUAAAUACAUCCGCGAAGCUGAUAUCAUCUUUGUCUCAGUAAACACUCCAACCAAAACUCGAGGUCUUGGUGCUGGUAAGGCUGCUGAUCUUACCUACUGGGAGAGUGCUGCUCGAAUGAUAGCUGAUGUCUCACAGUCAGACAAGAUUGUGGUCGAGAAGUCCACUGUCCCUGUCAAGACUGCAGAGGCUAUUGAGAAGAUUCUAACCCACAAUAGCAAAGGCAUCAACUACCAAAUACUCUCGAAUCCAGAGUUCCUUGCAGAAGGUACAGCAAUUAAGGACCUAUUUAACCCCGAUCGCGUCCUCAUCGGUGGUCGGGAGACUCCUGAGGGGCAGAAGGCUAUCCAAGCUCUGAAAAAUGUGUAUGCCAACUGGGUUCCUGAGGAGAGAAUUAUCACGACCAAUCUGUGGUCUGCUGAACUGUCCAAGCUUGCUGCCAAUGCCUUCCUAGCUCAGAGGAUCUCAUCAGUUAAUGCCAUUUCAGCGCUCUGUGAGGCCACAGGGGCAAAUGUGGCUGAGGUAGCCUAUUCUGUCGGCAAGGACAGCCGAAUUGGACCCAAGUUCCUGAAUGCUAGUGUUGGAUUUGGUGGCUCAUGCUUCCAGAAAGACAUCCUCAACUUGGUUUACAUAUGUGAUUGCAAUGGUCUCCCUGAGGCGGCCAACUACUGGAAGCAAGUCAUCAAGAUCAAUGACUACCAAAAGAGCAGGUUCGUGAACCGUGUUGUCGCCUGCAUGUUCAAUACUGUUUCAGGCAAGAAGAUUGCCAUUCUUGGGUUUGCCUUCAAGAAGGAUACUGGCGACACAAGGGAGACUCCAGCUAUUGAUGUUUGCAAGGGCCUUCUGGGUGAUAAGGCCAAGAUCAGCAUCUACGAUCCGCAGGUGACCGAGGACCAGAUCCAGCGCGAUCUUGCAAUGAACAAAUUCGAUUGGGAUCACCCGAUCCACCUCCAGCCAAUGAGCCCAACAGCAGUGAAGGAGGUGACAGUGACCUGGGAUGCUUACGAGGCCACCAAGGGGGCCCAUGGAGUAUGCAUCCUGACUGAGUGGGAUGAGUUUAAGACGCUGGACUAUGCUAAAAUCUACGCGAACAUGAAGAAGCCUGCCUUCAUCUUUGACGGUCGCAAUGUGGUAGACCCUGAGAAGCUCAGACAGAUUGGCUUCAUUGUUUAUUCUAUUGGAAAGCCACUGGACCCGUGGCUUGCAGAUAUGCCUGCUGUGGCCUAAUUGGGUGAUCCAGUAGAGAACGAAACCUGAUGGAUUCUUUAGGGAACUUAUUCCUUUCUCUUAUGGUUCAGAGUUAAUAAUUAUUUUCAUCCGAAUGAAAUGAUGUCUUCAUUUUAUUUUAUUUUUUUUCAUAACUAGUUUCUACACGGAGGGUGAUUAUUGCACUGCUGCG